AAUGCCUUUCAUUCGUAUGGGUGUAUGUUAGAUUGCUAUCAGAGUUUCGAUGUCCAUCAGGAGUUGCCGUUAAUGAUUCGGCGUUAGUCCUAAAGCGGUGUCAAUAUCGGGGUCGGAAUUUCUACACCACGAUCACGUUGUCCUGUACUUUCUUUUGACGUUUUUAUUUGGUCUCGCCGACUAUUGUCUUCUGUAGGACACUUUAUAUCCUGCCAUUCGAUCAUAUGAACAUCAGUUAUCGGCAGGACAUUGCCUGGUCUUCAUCGAUUUUUUGGUGCUCGAAAUAAAUUUAAUUUUCAGUUACAAUGUGUCGGAUGUUCGGUGUCCUGUCUCUGGCCUACGUGGCUAUCUUUAUCACGGUAGUGCAAUGUAGUGAAGAUGUGACAACAUCGGGAAUUACCAGUUUUUUGAGCCAAGAUGUUGACGUCGGCCGUACGUUCGGAAGGCCCGCUCUAAAAAGGCUAUCCUUCAUCUUCCUACCUGUGAUGUUCACGUUGGGAGUUAUAUCCACUCUGAUGCUCGCACUCGCUGUUAUAUCCGUGAAGAAUCUUGCCAUUGGCGUAAUACUACUCAUCGUUGCCAUCAGUCAGGCGGCAUCUCGAUUGUUCUUCGCGGCCACCUCGCCCUCUUCUCCUUUAGUGCACCUGCACCCGCGAGCUGAACUGUUACCGGCGCCUGCUCCAUGGCCGGCUUCGGGACCCCUCCUCUCGCCCUGGGCGAGAUCUGGCGAUGACGCAACCAUUUCUGAUUAAGUCAAACAUUAGUUGGAAAUAAUUUACUUGUCAUAAGCGAUUGAAUCUAUCAAUUAUCUUGUAGGGAUGUAACAUUCCAAAAACAUAUCGAAGCUAUAUUUUGUAUACGAUUUAGUUGUAAGAUAUUGAGUUUGCAUUUGUGGCGUGUAAGAUCUUCGUCUGUCUCUCGCAAAACAAUAUUUUGCGAAGGUUAGACGACGGUAUGGAAGUAGAUAUUAAGAGUAUUUAUACAACUACCUCCUUAAGGAUUAAAAUAUUUGAAUUAUUUC